CUGCUUUCGAGCUAUUUUCAGUUCGGAUUUCCGGAAGGUUCUGACGGCGUGCGUUGACCGCGGAUUUAGCCACCUUCUCGGCUGCAUGGCACAGUUCUUCCGGCCAGCUAAUGCAAGUUCUGCCGGCCAGAGUGACACGAUCGUUGUGAAUGCCAACGACGUCUCGAUGCCUCUUGCCAAAAUCAUUCCCAUUGUUAACGGACUUGUGAACACUGUGUGUACGGAUCACCAGGCUGGGCCAUUGAUAAAGCGACUGCUGCUCAUCGAAUCGAUGAACGACUUUGCGGCAAACAUCUACGAGACGUUCAGUGAGCCACCGAUUCUUACGGUGUCGUAGCACCGUACAGCGUACAGCGUGAAGAUGCUUACUCCUGCGUGAUGGAGCAGCACAAGUGGGCCUGCAGUUUGACACACUUAGAGUAGUCGGCACAACACGUCAACUUUCGUAGCUACUUGUUUUAGUAGUAAUAUUUGAAAAUGUUAUAUGUGGGGCAGAUAAAAUCAGUAGUUAAUAAUAAUAGAUCUUUUAUUAGUCACUCCUGAUAAAAAAUUGCUUUUGCUGAGCUGUCCGCUGGAUUUUUAUUAGAUGUACGAUUUUAUUGCCGGUAUGUUGACCAAUACCGUUUAUAAUGUCAUUCGAUUGUACUAUUAAUAUGUAAAUAAUCUGUAAUAAUGAGGAUUAAAAUUCGCAUUUAAAAAAAAUA